CCUACCCCAGACACUGGUAACGCGAUAAGCACAUUAUAUAUAAAGCUGAAAGCACACUUCUCUCUGCCGACCUCAAACCCUAACCUCACUCUGUCAUUUCCUGCUUUGCUCCGAACCAUUUGCUAAACCCUAAUUCCGUACGCCUCUUGAGUUUACGCUAAUUUCUUCAACUGGUUGAGACAAUGGCGGACGAGAUAAGGGAGGAGAACGAGGAGUUGGAUCUCUCCUCUCCUGAAGUUGUCACCAAAUACAAAUCCGCUGCUGAAAUUGUUAACAAAGCGCUUCAGUUAGUUUUGUCGCAAUGCAAACCAAAGGUUAAGAUUGUUGAUCUAUGUGAGGCAGGGGAUGCUUUCAUCAGAGAGCAAACUGGGAACAUGUACAAGAAUGUGAAGAAGAAGAUAGAAAAGGGUGUUGCAUUUCCGACCUGCGUUUCUGUGAACAACACUGUCUGCCAUUUCUCACCACUAGCGAGUGAUGAGUCCGUGUUGGAAGAUGGAGAUAUUGUGAAAAUUGAUAUGGGCUGUCACAUAGAUGGGUUUAUUGCUGUAGUUGCACAUACCCAUGUACUUCAGGAAGGACCAGUGACUGGCAGAGCAGCUGAUGUUAUUGCUGCAGCAAAUACCGCUGCCGAGGUUGCCUUGAGGCUUGUGAGGCCAGGGAAAAAGAAUAAGGAUGUCACUGAGGCAAUUCAGAAAGUUGCUGCUGCUUAUGACUGCAAGAUUGUCGAAGGAGUAUUGAGUCAUCAAAUGAAACAAUUUGUGAUUGAUGGAAACAAGGUUGUGCUAAGUGUCUCGGCCCCUGAUACAAAAGUUGAUGAAGCUGAGUUCGAGGAAAAUGAGGUGUACUCCAUUGACAUUGUUACUAGUACUGGCGAAGGGAAGCCGAAAUUGUUGGAUGAGAAACAAACUACCAUAUAUAAAAGAGCUGUUGACAAGAGUUAUCACCUAAAGAUGAAAGCAUCUCGGUUCAUAUUUAGUGAGAUAAGCCAGAAGUUUCCAAUCAUGCCGUUUUCUGCUAGGGCUUUGGAGGAGAAGCGUGCUCGUUUAGGCCUUGUAGAAUGUGUGAAUCACGAUCUUCUUCAGCCAUAUUCUGUACUUCAUGAGAAGCCUGGUGACCUGGUUGCACAUAUCAAGUUCACCGUUUUGCUGAUGCCAAAUGGCUCGGAUAGAGUCACAUCUCAUGCUCUACAAGAAUUGCAACCCACAAAAACGGUAGAUGAUGAUGAGAUCAAAGCCUGGUUAGCAUUGGGAACGAAGACAAAAAAGAAGGGUGGAGGAAAGAAGAAGAAAGCAAAGAAAGAGGACAAAGCUGAUGCUGCUGUGCCAGUGGAUGAUGCUUCAACAAAUGGCGUAUGAGAAAAAAACUUGUUUUUAUUUUGUAAAAUCCCGGAAAAUUUUGGCCUCUUCCAUCCCUGUACUUGGUUGUUUGAGACGUGAAAUGUCGAUCACAAGUUAAAUCACUUCUAAAUGUCUUGUACACUCUACUGGUAUUUUGGGACUUUUUUUGUAUCUGUUUCUGUUUUAUGGAUAGAAAUAGAUAAUAAUAUAUUCAGGGAAUAUGUCGCUAUUA